CGGCAAAGGGCUUUAAUCUCCCCCUCGAUGCAGCUGCUUUUGAAGUGAGUCGGGUCGCCAGAGCCCCGGCCGGACGGGCAGCGGCUCACAUCGCGAAACGGCGGAGAGGAGCGCGCCAGUCCGGGGGAGCUCCUCGACCCCCCCCACCCCGCACCGCAGCCCCAGCAGCGGCUCCUCCUCCUCCUCCUCCUCCUCCUCCUCCUCCAUCCCCGGCCACGGCUCCGGUCCGAGCCCCCCCCAGGAUUAUUCGCUCCUCCCCGGGGGCGCCGAGAAGGCGCGCGGGGCGCCUCCGCCGCUGCUCCUCCUCCUUUCCCUCUCCCUCCUCCUCCUCCUCCUCCUUCCCUUCCUCCUCCUCCUCCUCCUCCAGCAGGAGCGGGAGCGGCAGGUCCCCGAGCCCGCCCCGCGCCGGAGCCCUCCCCCCGCUGCUCCCAUGCGCGCGGGUGGGUCAUGAGCACAGCGCCCUCGCUUUCUGCCCUGAGAAGCAGUAAGCACAGCGGAGGAGGAGGAGGAGGAGGAGGAGAAGGAGGCGAUCCCGCCUGGACCAGCGCGCUCUCUGGCACUAUCAUCUCCGGCUCGUCUCCCGCCGGCCCCACCAAGCCUUUCCUCCACGCUGUGCCUCCCUCGGAUCCCUUGCGCCAGGCCAACCGCCUGCCCAUCAAGGUGCUGAAGAUGCUGACGGCCAGGACGGGGCAUAUCCUGCACCCCGAAUACCUGCAGCCCCUGCCCUCCACCCCUGUCAGCCCCAUCGAGCUCGAUGCGAAGAAGAGCCCCCUGGCCCUGCUGGCGCAGACCUGCUCCCAGAUCGGGAAGCCGGACCCGUCGCCCUCCUCCAAGCUGUCCUCCGUCACCUCCAGCGGGGGGGGCGGCGGCGGGGGCACCGGGGGAGACAAGGACGGCGGCAAGUCGGGCCCGCUGAAGCUCAGCGACAUCGGCGUUGAGGACAAGUCGAGCUUCAAGCCGUACUCCAAGCCGGGCGCGGAGAAGAAGGAGGCCGGCGGAGGCGGAGGAGGUGGAGGAGGAGGAGGAGGAGGAGGAGGAGGAGGAGGCGGCGGCGGGGUUGGCAUUGGCGUUGGGGGUGGCGGCGUUUCGUCGGAGAAGUCUGGAUUCCGGGUACCGAGCGCCACCUGCCAGCCUUUCACACCCAGGACAGGCAGCCCCAACUCCAGCGGCGCCUCGGCCUGCUCCCCGGGCGGCCUGCUGGCCCCCUCCGACGGCAAGGACGACAAAAAGGAGGGGGACGUGGGCAAGGGCCCCGGGGCCCCGUCGGUGGAGCCGGGCCCGGCCCACAGCCGCCUGACCUGCGGCGGGAUUACCGUGGACGUCAACCCGGACGGGGGCGCGGGCACCAAGGCCCCGGGCCCGGACGGGGCCUGCGGUGGCGGCGGCUCGACCUCCGGCGUCCCCACCUCCUCCUCCUCGUCGUCGUCGUCGUCGUCGUCGUCGUCCGUGCUGACCUCCGGCCUGGUGGCCCCCGUGUCGCCCUACAAGCCGGGCCAGACGGUGUUCCCCCUCCCGCCGGCGGGCAUGAGCUACCCGGGCAGCCUGGCGGGCGCCUACGCCGGGUACCCGCCCCAGUUCCUGCCUCCCGGCGUGGCUCUGGACCCGACGAAGGCCGGCGGCCUGGUGGGCUCGCUGGGCUGCGGCAAGCCGGCGGGGUCCAGCCCCCUGGCCGGGGCGUCGCCGCCGUCGGUGAUGACGGCCAGCCUGUGCCGGGACCCCUACUGCCUCAGCUACCACUGUGCCAGCCACCUGGCCGGGGCGGGGGCCUCCUGCGCCCACGACCCCAACGCCGCCGCUGCGGCCGCCGCUGCCGCGGCCGCGGCCGCCGCCGCCCUCAAGUCCGGAUACCCCCUGGUCUAUCCGCCCCACCCUCUGCACGGCGUCCACUCGUCGCUGACCGGCGCCCCGUCGCCCUCCCUGGCCGGCCACCCCCUCUACCCCUACGGCUUCAUGCUGCCCAACGACCCGCUGCCGCACAUCUGCAACUGGGUGUCGGCCAACGGGCCCUGCGACAAGCGGUUCGCCACGUCGGAGGAGCUGCUGGGCCACUUGCGGACGCACACGGCCUUCCCCGGCUCGGACAAGCUGCUGUCGGGCUACCCGGGGUCGUCGUCGCUGGCCAGCGCGGCCGCCGCCGCCGCCAUGGCCUGCCACAUGCACAUCCCCACGUCGGGGGCUCCCGGUAGCCCCGGGACCCUGGCCCUCCGCUCCCCCCACCACGCCCUGGGACUCGGGGGCCGCUACCACCCCUACUCCAAGAGCCCCCUGCCCGCCCCCGGUGCCCCCGUGCCCGUGCCCCCCGCCGCCGCCGCCGCCGCUGCAGCCGCCGCCGCCGGACCUUACUAUUCCCCCUAUGCCCUGUACGGGCAGAGACUGACCACAGCCUCCGCCCUGGGGUACCAGUGAGGACGGCCCGGACGAGGCCCGGGGCCUUGCAUUGCGGGGGGGGGGCACGGAUUGGGGGCGACCCAACCUUAGAGCGGUCCCCCCACCGCCUGCGGACGACAAGAGUCACGACUAUAUAUAUAUAUAUAUAUACAGAUAAACGCAAAUAUAUAUAUAUAUAUAUCCACCCACCCACAGCGGCAGAUCCACCACCGAGACCCCCGGAUUCCCUCCCACCCCCUCCAGGCUUUAUAAAAGUUGAAAUCUCGUUUGACUGGUUUUUUUUUUAUAGUAAAAGAAAAAGGCAAAAAAAAAAAGAAAAUAAUAAUUCAGAAAAGUGUCCAUCCGAGGACCGGAUCCGUGGGCACUUGUAUUUAUUUAUGUUAGCUCCAAGCGGACCCGUGAAUCAAAAAGUGCAUUAUUCAGCUCGAGCUCCGUAGGUUUGGAAACGAGGAGAGAAUUAAAAACCCGA